AUGCUCACACGAGUUUCUCGUUUCACUAUCACCUCGUGCAAACUUCGUGUAAUGCCUCUCAGCUCUCUAGCUAACGGUCCUGCUUCACUGCUGGCCUCUUGGAAAGGCACCUCCGUCUCAGGCGGUACAACCAAGAACUUCAUUGGUGGUCAGUUCGUUGAGAGCUCGACCACCGAAUGGCUCGAUGUCCAUGAUCCGUCUACUCAAACGCUGCUGAGUCGUGUACCAGAGACAACUCCCACUGAGUUCGAAGACGCAGUCCAGAAGGCUUCAGCUGCCUUCAAGACCUGGAGCAAGACUAGCAUUAUUGGGAGGCAAAAGGUGGCUAUCGAACUCCAGCAUCUUCUCCGUCAAAAUGCGGAUGCCAUCGCAAACAGCAUAGUUCUCGAACAAGGCAAAACUGUUGCAGACGCACACGGUGACCUUCUUCGCGGUUUACAAGUUGUGGAAACCGCUAUUGGUUGCACUUCAACCUUGAUCGGCGACAAACUCGAGGUCAGCAAAGAUAUGGACACCUAUGUUCGAAAGGUUCCUCUCGGAGUUGUCGCCAGCAUCGCACCCUUCAACUUCCCAGCCAUGAUCCCAUUAUGGUCCAUUCCCAUGGCCCUUGUCACUGGCAAUACGCUCAUUCUCAAGCCCUCUGAACGUGACCCCGGUGCCGCAAUGAUCAUUGCCGAACUCUGUCAGCGUGCUGGUGUCCCACCCGGGGUGUUGAAUGUUGUCCAUGGUGGUGUGCCGACUGUUAACGCAAUUUGUGACCAUCCUGCCAUCAGGGCUAUCAGUUUUGUGGGCAGCAAUCGAGCCGGCGAGCACAUUUACAACAGAGCGACCAAGAACGGCAAACGGGUUCAGGCAAACCUUGGAGCGAAAAACCACGCAAUCAUUAUGCCUGAUGCUAACCGGAAUCAUGCUCUGAACUCGAUUAUUGGUGCUGCAUUUGGGGCCGCGGGUCAACGUUGCAUGGCGCUCUCCGUCGCAAUGCUAGUUGGAGAGGCGCGCCAAUGGCUGCCAGAACUUAUCGAACGCUCUCAGAAGCUCAAAGUCAAUGCCGGUUUUGAGCCCGGAACCGAUCUCGGACCUCUCAUCUCUCCUGCUGCCAAAGCUCGAGUCACCGGCCUGAUCGCGUCUGCUGAAGAACAGGGUGGAAAAAUCUUAUUGGAUGGACGAAACAUUCAAGUGCCCAACUACCCUGACGGCAAUUUCGUCGGACCGACCAUCAUCGAAGCCGACACUAACAUGAAAUGUUACGAGGAAGAGAUAUUUGGUCCUGUAUUGGUCGUCGUCCAAGCAGAAACCCUGGACGAAGCCAUUGAGAUCAUCAAUUCGAACAAAUACGGAAAUGGUGCUGCUAUCUUCACGAAUUCGGGUGCCACAGCCCGCAAAUUUGAGAGCGACGUCAACGUCGGACAAAUCGGUGUAAAUGUACCCAUCCCCGUUCCUCUGCCAAUGUUCGCCUGGAGCGGCAACAAGGGCAGCUUUUUGGGAGACAUCGGGUUCUAUGGCAAGAGCGGCGUCAACUUCUAUACCGAAAACAAGACAAUUACUUCGCUUUGGAAGUCCGAAGAUGCACUUGUUACCCGUGCUUCGGUGAACAUGCCCACUCAUCAUUAG